AUGGGUAAAAUUAGUUUCACCGAAACGCACUUCACGACGGGAAUUCUCCUGGAAGUCUUGGAACGUUACGUUGUACGAACUGUGAGUUGCUUUCCAUAAAUUAAAAGCAAAAGAAAAUAUAUGUUUUCAGCGACUUUUACCGUGUGAUCGAAAUGCGUUAGGCGAUCUGAAUAGCAAAGAAUUCUUCGACUCGAAAAAAGCGGCGAUUUUAUUGGAUCGCCUUGUUGAAAAAGCAAAUGGAAGAUUGGAUAUUUAUGAACCAACAACAGCUUUAGUCAAUGAUCUCAUCACAAUUCAUACAUUUCCAAAUAAUUCGGAGUUUCUUGGAAUGGCCGAUCAAAUCAAUGUUUUGGCUUUGCCACAAUAUUUGCAAAACACAAAAGGAGUUGAAUUCCUUUCAAAAAAUGAUAUUUAUUUGUUAGUUUUCCGCAAUUAUUCAAUGUUAUCUGGUGCCGAAGAUCAAAUCUCAUUAUUAGUUCUUCAUUCGCUAGGAAACAAAAUUUCUCGACAACUCAAAAACUGUUAUGAAUUGAUACCUUCCACUUUGGUUGAUUCUGUUUGCUCGUAUUGUAUGGAUGUUUUUCGAACUGAUUCUGUUCGUCAAAUUAUUGGAAAAACAAGGGAAAGAGGAUUGAGAUUGUCGAAAUAUACAGUUGAUGAAUUAUUUGGAAAAUUUUCCGAAUAUUUUGAUGAGGCUUUUGAUGGAAAAUUGUUGAAACAAUUGAAGCAACUUUUAAAUGUUUAUAACAUGGUAAAUUAAAAUGAGUAUUGAUUUGUCACUGUUUAUAAUUUAUUCUAUUUUUCAGACAAAGCCAAUUCGAUCAAACGAAGAGUUCUACGAAACAGUUCAAAUGAAAUUCGUUAUGAUGAUUGAAGGCGUUUCUGCCCUUGUUGAUAAAUUUCCCAAUGUUUUUCAACCAUAUUCUCAUCCUCAAAAUCGUCUCAAACAACAUUAUGCAGUUGUUCGCGUGUUUCUUGAUGCAGAUGACAAGUUUUUCAUUGCAAAAGAUUUGGAAUAUGCGUUGAAUAUUGCAUUGAAAAAUAAAACGAAAUCAAAAUUGCCAGCUGGUUUGAUAAAACUUGAAUUGCCAGAAGAGAAGAAAUCUGGAAUUUUGAAUUCGGUGUCAUGGGAAGAAUUUUUGAAAAUUCUGGAGACUUUGAAAUUAUCGAUUGAGGAUUUGAAUGUGAGAACUUUUCAAGACAACAGAGCUUUUAAAAACUUGGAUUUCAGAUAAUCGAACAUAAAAUCCGCCGAACGACUCGUCAAAUCGCAGUCUCUCUAAUCUCCCAAUAUGGAACUCAUUGUAAACUUGCAAGUGAUGCAUUUUUCGAAGUUUUCGAAAAUGUUUCAACCGGAUUACGAUUGUUUCAAACUGUCAGCAAAGCAAAUUUACCGAAAGUUUUUGAGUGGUUUGCCGAUUUACACGGUGUUUUCAAUGAUUCAAAAGAGGGACGAUAUUUUGUGGAAACUUGGAAAAUUGAUCAAAUUAUUGAUCGGGUUUAUAAAGAAUUGAAUGAUUAUGCAGUUGGGGUAAGUUAAUAAUAAGGAAACAAACUUUACAUCAAACAAUUUCCAGCGUGCCUACGAUCUUCCAAACAAAUUCAACAUUGGUUUCACGAAAGAACAAGUCAUCCAAGAAAUCAAUCGAUUUUCUCCAAAUUUCAAAUUAGAUCAAGAACAUAUCGCUUCAAUGCACUUCAAAAUUAUCAACAAUUAUGCAAUGACUAAUUUGACACCUCGAUUUAUUCAUCAAAUUUAUGAACAUUGUGUUCGAUUGGAAUUUCUCGCAAGAAAUCCACGUUUUGCCAAGUUUAUUCAUAAUCAAGGAAUUUGCAGGAUUUAUCAAAGAUUUGUUUGUGAAUGUGCAAAUGAGGAAGAUUUUGUGGUAAUAAAAUAAUAGAGUUUUCAAAAAAAAUCAUGUUUUUUUCAGAUGGCUUCUGAAACUACGAAAAAUCUGGAAAUUCUAUCAGCCAAAAAUGUGGAAGCAAAUCAUAUCAAAUUCAAAGAUGGAUAUAAAUAUUCACUUGUCGCUGAAAAUGGCACAAAAUAUUAUGACAAUGAAACAUGUUUCUACAUGGCUCUUGAUAGAACUCUUGAUCAUAUGGAUUCGAAUAAUCAAGAAUUACUUGGGCUAACUUAUAAAGCACAAUGUUUGAAACAAGAAAUGAAUCCAAUAUUGAUGAGAGAUAGUAUUUUUUAUUUGACAGAAGAAGAGGUUCAUCAAUUUUGCAAUGAGAUUCGACAAUUUUAUGAUGAUUCGAUUAAAAUUGCGACUGCUCGAGGAGAAGCUCAAAAAGCAAGUGUAACACAAACAUAUGAAAUGGAUUGGGAAGAAGUUUGGAAGAGUUUUCGCGCAUAUUUUCCUGGCUCUGAAACGAGUGCUGAAGUUGGCGCGAUGUUUGAAUGUGUUAAACGGAAUUUGAAGCGAAGACAAAAUGCGACGAAAAAAGGAUUGGUUGGAAGUUUUGCGACACAAUUGACAUCGAUUUGUCGACACGGACAAUUGACAUUUCAAAGAUGCGCGGAAAGAUUGAAGAAUUUGAAAGAUUUUAUGACAAAAGAUGAAAAAUAUAGGAAUCGAAGGAUUAUUUUGAGAAUGAUGUCGGAAAUGAGGAUUCAGGAUAAUAAAUUAUGGCAUAUGUUUACGACUGAGGUUUUUAAAGCCAUGAAAAUUGUGUUGAGAAUUGAGAAAAGGCUUCAUCUUAUGAGCGGUAAGGUUUAACUUCAAAGCUUCUAAGGAAAGAACUGGCUAAAAAAUUGUUCUAUAAAAAAUACUAUGAAUAUUUUUGACAAUAGAAAAAUUUAAAAGCGGUAUCUGAAAUUGCGAGCGAAAUUUGAUUUUUCGAGUUUUCAUUUCUAUACGAUAUUUUUUCCUUCCAGAUCGUAUCGAAAAAUGGGAAAUCGAUUGGUAUGACAGUGAACAUUAUACUGUAAUGGGUGUUGCUGGUUUAGAGCCGAUGUUACGAGUUCUUGGAAUUGAUAUGGAUAAAUUCUUGAUUGUUCCCGAUAUUCAUUUCACGAAAAAUAUGGCAGAAUUGCCGUUGAAAAUGAAUUAUGACACUGUUUCGGUUCUGGCACCAAAUACUGAAUUGGCUUAUCAUUAUACACAGGUUUGUAGUUUUUUUUUGUGGAUUGAAUUUUCAAAGUUUCACUGUUUCAAAAAAUCUAAUACAUUUUCUGGAUAUCAUGAGUUUUUGAUACCACAAUUUUCAAGAAUUUUUUUUUUCACUGUUUCAAGAAAUUUAUAAUUUUCUCGAUAUUUUUUAAUUCUUAAUUCUGCCUCUUCAAGUUGGGAUCACUUAUUAAAAUAUUGUUUCUAACAUUUUAAGACUUUCUGAAAAUUUGGAAUUUUUGCCCUAAAAAUAAUGAGCCAAGAAUGUUCAUUAGAAGAAAAAUUCUCCUAUAUUUCAGGCUCAAUUCCGAGUGUUCCAAUUCAUUGCAUGUGAUAUUAAUUGGAAUGUUGCCAGUCUUGAUUGUUGUAAACAUGCAAAUAGCACAAAUGAUUUCAAAAAAGAGGUGAAAAAUCAAAUGAGAAAUCUGAAAAACGGCUAUGUUUCUGCAAAUGAAGUUGAAGGAGUUAUGAGAAGAUUAGCAGAUGAUGACACAUAUUAUGCUGGAAGACAUCGAGAUCUUCGAACUCCUCUUAAUUUAUUGCAUGGAAAGAGAUAUAACGAGACAAUGACAAAACACGAAUUUUUGAAAUUGGUUCUAGAAGUUUGUAAUGAUCCAAUUCCAAUAUCAAUGGCUUUUCAUUCUCAUCAAUUGACACAAGCUUUAGCAUAUGAAGAUUUGAAUGAUAGAGAUGAAUAUGAAGUUUGGAGAAUUAAAUAUGUAUUUAUGGAUCAUUGGAUUGAUUGGGUUUUGGAUGAAGAAGAAGAUGAGAGUUUGAAAAUGGAUGUUCAAACUGCGUGGACUGUUUGUUUGGGACAUUUGAAGAUUUCGAGUUUUAGCGAAUUGAAAAGAUGGAGAAUGUCUGUUGGAGAAGUUUGUAAUGAUUAUACGGAUUUGAAAUUGUUGAAUAAUUGUUUGAAAAUUGUGAAAAAGAAUGAGGAAUUUAAUGCGAAGUUCAAAGAGGAUGGUGAGCACAUUUUCAAAGUUUUUUCUUACUGAAAAUUGAAAAAUUUUCGAUGAUUUUUUGAAUUUUUCAUCGGAAAAUUGAAAAUUUUAUUUCGGAAAAUUGAUAAUUUUAAGCCAAGUUAGGCUUUUUCACAAGAAAUCGAUUUUUUGAGAUAAACUAGAUUGAGAGUUGAAUUUUGAAAUAUUGAAAUUCAUUAAGUUCGGACAUAGCUAAUUCCGAAAAUAUGAAUGUUAGCUUUUCAGCUAAAGUUUGGUUUCGAAUGUUGAAAAAAUUGUAAAAUCAUGUUCUCAAAAAUUUCUGAAAACGCAGAAAAUUUUAGAAGUUAUUUUUAAGCAAAAAAUUAGAUUCAGAAGGUCGAAAAAGUAGAAAUUAGUUUUCUUAUUUUCUGAAAAUUUCACUGUUUCAAAAAUUUUACUUUAAAACUUGCUAGAUUUAUUUUGAUGAUUUCUCCAUUCUUUAUAAAUCACAAAUAAACAACAUACCAAUUUCCAGAUCUGGUUAUAAAACAUCAUUGGGAUAGAACACAACACAAAAAGAAGACCAAUUAUACAACUCAUUCGCAUUCUCAUUCUCAUUCAAAUUCUUCAUGUUCUACAACAAAUACGAAAGCACAAUCUUCGACUCCUGCAAAAUCAGAAAAAGAAAAACCAAAAGACUCGGAGAAAACCGAAUUCUCAACUUUGAAACGUGGAUUUUUCAACAAACCAGCUGCUGCUCUCAAAAAACCAGUCGAAACUCCGAAAAAAGUUGAGAAAAAGAAAAAGACAGUGGAAGAGGUUUUGGACAAAUUGCACGAUAAUUUACCGUAAGUUCUUCGAACUCAAUUUUUUGAAUGAGUAAUUUUUUUAGGAAAUUGUUGGGUUAUAUUUGUGAUGAUGAUUUUGAGCCGAUGGAAAUGUUGGAAGAAUUGAUUGAAGAGCAUUUGAAAGGAGUGUUGGAUGAUGAAGAUUUUGAUUGUUUGACUUUGGUGAGAUUUUUAGGGUCCAUAAUUACCGGCCCAAAAUUAAUUUUCAAAUUUCAGAUCAUGCAAGAAAACUCGGAGCUCAAAAAAUUGGAGAAGAAACUCGAAAAAUAUCUAGACUUCAAAAUUGAUGGCGGUGAUCAUUAUUUUAAAAGAAAACGAUGUGCAAGUUGUUCGAGUAGCGAAGAAUCUGAAGAAGAGGAAGAAGAUGAAGAAGCUAGAGGUGGAGGAUUGCAACAACAUUUGGAAAGAAUGUUCAAAAGAUUGAGCGAUGCGAAAAAGGCGGAAGCGGAAAAAGUGAAAAAUCAAAAGAAGGAGAAAUCGACACCGGUGAAACGCAAAGAAUUUCCCAUCAAAAAUAUUGUGUCACAAGCAGCAACUCAAAAACCAGCAGCGGAACCUGCUCCUGCUCCAACAGCCCCAGUGGCUCCGCCUCCACCACAACAAAUCAUCAAAAAAAUUGUGACGGAGACAAAAAUAGUGGAAACUUGUGAGAAAUGUCGUGAUAUUAAUCAGGAAACUGCGGUGAACUCGAGAAAAAUCGAGAGUUUGGAGAGAAGAAUUGGAGAGUUUGAGAAAUUGGUGCAGAAUAAGGAUGCUGAUAUUGGAGUUAUGAAAAGGUGAGCGUUUUUGGGCUGAAAUAAAUUUUGCCGAAAAAUGGGAGUGCAAGUGGACUUUUCGUGAAAAUCAGCAAUAAAAUUCACUAUGAAAUCUUCCUAAAAACAGAAAAUCAAUAUUAGGUCGAAAUGUAAACUAGAAAAAUUUUCUUCCACAGUGUUUGAUAAUUUAACGAAUUUUUGAAACAGUAGAUUUUAUUACAAACGAAAAUUAAAAAAAAACCUGACUAGAACCAGAAAGUCUCUAAACUUUUUCACAGAAAAAAUCCAACAGUACAAAUUCAGAAAAAUCUACUGUUUCAAACAUUGGCAAAUUUUCGAAAUUUAUAUAUAUAUAUUUAUUCAGAUAGUUUAAGUAUGCAUACACACAAUGAAUAGAGAUAAAAAACAUAAUAAGUUCCAAUGGGGAGUAAAAUAGUUAUAGGAUAUUCACAUGAAAAAAAGGGGGUAAAGGUUUAAGAAUGGGGGCUAGAAUUUCAGAUGUGGAGAUCAUUGGAAAAAAUAAAAUUUUCAAAACAUUGGCAAAUUUUCGAAAUUUCUCGUCAGUUCUGCUACCAUUAUUUUGAGUGAAUCCUAAAAACCAAAAUUGCCCAUAUAAACUUCUGCUCAUUUUUCUGUUUCUGGAAAUCUUGUCUAAAAUUUGCUAAACUUUAAAAUAUUCAAAUUUUGCAGUCAAAUCGCUGAGAACAAGAAGAAAUACCGUGAUGAAAUUCAAAAUCAAAAAGAGGAAAUCACAAAUCGCGACUCGAAAAUUCAACAACUUCAACAAGAACUCAAAGAAGUUUGCGAAGAUUUGAGAACUGAAAGAGAAAGUUUGUAUACGGAAGCUGAGGAAAAUUCGAAAUUGUAAGAAUUUUUCAGAUUUCAGAUUAACUAACUGAAAAUUGAAUUUUAGGGCCAAUGAGAAUGUGAGAAAAAUGAAAAUCGAAUUGGAAAAUACGAAAUUUGUUGAGAAAAAUAAGACGAGACAAUUGGAAGAAAUGAAAAAAGAAAAUGAACAACUCAAAUUACGAAUUCAAAUCUUUGAAGAAAAUCGAGAAAAUCAAACAGAACUUUUGGAAAAAGAUCAGAAAAUCAAGGAACUUGAAGAGAAAUUAGAAGAAUUGGAGAAUUCGAAAAAAUUGGAAGAGGAAAAGAAUGAACUUUUGGAAAGUUUCGAGAAACGUAUGAUUGAUUUACAAGAACAGAAUUUCGUAUCGGCUGAAAAUUAUGAGAAAGAAUUAGAGGAAAAGAUGUUUUAUAUUCAAUCGAUUGAGGAGAGACUGGCAAAAUAUGAAUCGAUUUAUGAUGAGAAUCAACGAGCAAAUCAAUAUAUUCAACCUAAUCCACAUUCUCAAUUAUUUACAGCUGCUGAUUAUUUGGAACAUCGUAAAAUGCAGGAAAAAUUGGAAGAAUUUGAGCAUAUUUUGAAUUUUGAUAAAGAUCAAUUAAUUGCUUCUGUUGAGAAAAUGGUUCAAAAAUUCAUCGAAAAAUGUGGAAAUCCUCAAGAAAUUCUAAACGCACGUGCUGAAUUUUCGAAUUUCAUACGAAAAUAUAAUAUUUAUCGAAUUAUAAUUGAGGAGGAAUACGAGAAGAUUUGUCAGAAUCCAGAGUUGAGAUUUGAGGAUUUGAGAGUUCCCGAUUUUCCGCAACCAUUUUCGAGUGGAUUUGCUGAGAAAUAUGAGGAGGUUUUGAAGAAAUGGGAGGAAAAAGAGAUGAAUUAUGAGGUUGAAGAGAAAAUUUAUUAUGGAGAAGAAGAAGGUGGAAGAGAAUUGGAGGUUUGUUGGGUUUUUUUUAUUGAAAAUGAGAAGCUUACAUAAUUUUUUCAGUGAUUUUUUUGUUCGAAAAUAGCAAGUUCGAUUUUUUUUUAAAUUUUCAAUAAAAAAACAGGUAUAAAAAAUCACUGUUUCAAAGUUUUCAUGAAUUUUGAAUUACUUUUCGGAAACUAAUGAAUUACUGGUUGUCUUGAUUAAAUUUACUGUUAAAAAAGUGUUCAAAUCAAUAUGAAAUUUAAUUUUCCUUUGAGAAUUUCAAUUUUUUCAGGACAAAGAAUGUUUGAUAUGUGCCACCGAUGUUCGUCCACAUCAACAUUUCACAAAAUGCACAAAUUGUUGCCGAAAAUAUCAUUCAAAAGUGAGUUUUUAUCAAAAUGAUUGUUAAAUUUUCAAAUAUCGAUUUUUUUACACGAAUUUUCCCAGGGAAAAAAUAUCACUAAAUUUUUCAGUGUGUUUCGGAAUGGUUGAAAAUGAAUUCGAUUUGCCCAGUUUGCCGUAGCUCACUUCCAGAUCCACAAGAAUUUCCAAAACUUUGA